UGUUGUGUGUAACCGAUGAAGGCUUGAUGUCGCGCGCGCGAAAUAAUUCGUUGUGCUCUAAGCACGACUUCCCAAAAUAAUCCAGCCAAAGCCAAGUGGUUUCAAAUAAACGUUUCCCAAAAGCAAACAGAAACAACUCCAGCGGGCAUCAUUAUUUUGUCGUCGCCAUUGCCGCAGAAGGACGCAGGAUGCCAAAAUCCGUGGUGAAGAAGGAAGAGACCAGCUACGACGGUAACCGUUCCUCGGUGCUGAAACGCAAGAAUCCGCAUCCAGUGAGGGACCUGUUUAAGCCUCUUGGCGAUACACAGCAGAUGUGCCGCUUCUGUGGCUGGUCUACGCGUGAAAACGCUACCCGAAUGAUGAAGCACAUCAUCAGCGUGUGCCAAUCGGCACCGGCCAGCACUCGACGCUCGAUGCAGGAUUUGGCGGAGUCGAACGCGGAGCGGGAGAACCGGUCGCUGUUGUCCGUACACAACAAAAAGGACAUUCACAGCUACUUCCGCCAGUGCGAAAACGGCAAGAAGCGAGAAUGUGUGUACUGCGAGUGGAAGACGAUACUCAAUCUGACGCGGAUGCGAAACCACCUCGUGAUGAUGUGCAAGGAGGUACCGAUUUCGGUCCGGGCUCAGUUCUUGAAACUGGAACUUGUCGAAGCGAAGGAGGAAUUGUUAGAAACGACGCAACCGGAGUACGAGUCGUUUCGCAUCGUGAACGUGCUGGAGGAUGGAGUCCGCAAGGAUUUUGAGAUCGUCUCCAGCGACCAGCUGCCGGAAGAGGUGGAUUCGCUAGAGGUGGUGCAUGAGGAGGGGGACGUUACGAACCCGAACAGCACCUACUACUACGAGGUGAACCAGGAGGAUGGAUACUUCCUUCAAGAGGUAGACGAUAACGAUCAGCAUACAGCCAACGAACUUAUAGCGCUCGACAGGGCGGACGAGAGCCGUAGCGCUUCCGAAUCUCGCUCCCUGCACCACAAGAACGAUGAACAACAGCACAGGCAGCAGCAGCGUUCCACCGUGGCCAGUAAGGUCGUUAUGGUAGAAGAGGACUCAAAUGAGGAAGAUGAAGAUGAUGGUACGAUCGAAGCUGAGAAGCAGCAGCAGCAGCAGCAUGAAACAGAGCGACAAACGAUGGAAAAUGAAGCUGCUGAAGACACGCUACUCAAUCUGAACUGUAACAAUUGCUUCUGGUGCCAGAAAUCGUUGAUGGCAAACGGUGGGACGGCGAUCAUGCGAAACAAUAAGCUUUACUGUUCCCGUGUGUGUGCGAUAGCGAAGAAAAAGCCUAAGACUCCCGAGCGACGAGAUUCCGGCAAGUCGCCGGAACCGCAACCAUCCAGGCCAGUCUCUUCCGCCUCAUUUUCCUCUUCCACGGCCGGCCCCAGAGGAACCUCUACGCCGAACCAACCGAAAUCGACCGACGAUAAAGCGAAGCCGAACGAAAUCUCACUUCGAAAGCGAAUUCUACUCGGUUCGAAACCAAUCUUGCGACAAAAGGCGGUGAUCGCCUCACGGGUUACGAAUCCUCUAGCAAGGGUUUCACAUUCACCGAAGAAACGCGGCAAUAGUGGUCCACUAUUGCGUUCCGAAAAAGUAUCCAUUAUCAAGAAGGAAGAUUCGCCGAAGCAGGUACAGCAACAGAAGCAGCAGAUGAAAGCAGAACCGUUGCCGACUAAAGAGAUAGAAAAACCCGCCACGCCAAUUCGUUCCAGUACCUCGUCAAUGGACACCGAGGCAGCUGUUAGCGAGGAAGGAUCUUGCCAUUCGUUCGGCGGCGGUCAGGUUUACCCCCAGGAAGCGCCACAAACCGUGGAUCACAAGCUGCAGUACACGAAGGCGGUCAUUUCGCGGCCGGCCCCCUACUUCGAGGCGACGGCCGUGGUGGACGGAGCGUUCAAGAAGGUGAAGCUCUCCGAUUAUCUCGGCAAGUACCUGGUGUUCUUCUUCUACCCGCUCGACUUUACCUUCGUCUGUCCGACGGAGAUCCUUGCCUUCUCGGAUCGGGUGGCCGAGUUCAGGAAGCUAAACACAGAGGUUAUCGCCGCGAGUAUCGACUCCCACUUUACCCAUCUGGCGUGGAUCAAUACGCCCCGCAAGGAGGGUGGAUUGGGCAAGAUCAACAUCCCACUCGUCAGCGACAUUACCCACAGUAUCGCUAAGGAUUACGGUGUCUUCUUGGAUGAUCUUGGCCACACGCUACGCGGUCUCUUCAUUAUCGACAAUCGUGGAAUUUUGCGUCAAAUCACGAUGAAUGAUUUGCCCGUUGGACGAUCGGUGGACGAGACGCUCCGAUUAGUGCAGGCAUUCCAGUACACCGAUAAGCACGGCGAAGUGUGCCCAGCUGGAUGGAAACCAGGACAAGAUACGAUUGUACCGAAUCCGGAAGCAAAGAUAAAAUAUUUUGAGAAGAAUAACUAAAGGCUGACGCUGGAAAUGCUGGAGAGAUUGGAAGUACAACGUAUACCUGGGUUGUGCCAGGGUUUUAUACGAAAGCGUAUUUUAACGUGUCAUGUUAUGUUGCGUUAAUUAGAGUAUAAGCAGGCAGAAGUAAGCGCCUCUUUGCUUGCUCCUGUGAUUCAUCGUGCAGAAGAGAAGGGAAUGAAAUACAAAAUAAUGGAAAAAUACAUCAAGA